CACAUACCUUGAAUUUCUCUCAGGUAGUAUUUCGUCGUCUUCUGCCAGGUUAAAUAAAAUCAACUCGGCCUCAAACACAAACAGAAACUACCUAAUGCUUCUAGCACUUGCACAAAUUUUCUCUUUACUUGUUAAGUUACGUAACAUUUUUCACCCCCCAUCUUUUUUUAACCUGGGCUUCCUCUGCAGUCAGCAGUCUGUCUGAGCAGAUGCUGCUGUCAGUCACUUUUUACUGCAACACAGUCCACAGUGGGCCACAGACACGAGGUGGAGCUGAGGGCCGGGUGUGGUAGUUGGACGAGAAGUUGGGGAACACUAGUAUUUGUGUGUGUGUGCGGAUGUGUGUAACUUAACACCAUAAAAGGUAACAUCUAACCAGCAGCUAAAGAUCUUCAUCCACAUUGACACAAAUCCAGAGGACUUCAUCUGGGACUGCCAACUAGGAUAUUCUCUUCUGGGCGUUUUGCCCUCCUGGUUGGAGCCUUCGGACCUGGAGACUCAACGGUCCAAGGCCAUCAUGGAGGACUGCAAGCCCAAAGACAAAGGUGCUGCUGAGGAUGCCGAGCUCGCCAAAGCCAUAAUGGCUCAUCGGUUCCAGCCUCCCGUCAAGGUCUCAGAGGCCUGGGAGGGGUACAUCUUUUCUGGUCUGGAGAUCUGCAUCAAAGAGUCGACGGACUUCUACGGAGCUGUACUCUGGCCCUCGGCCAUGGUGUUGUGUCAUUUCUUGGAGGCCAAUCGUGACCAGUACAACCUGAUGGACAAAAAUGUGAUUGAAUUGGGUGCUGGAACCGGGCUCGUCACCAUCGUAUCCAGUCUGUUAGGCGCUAAAGUCACCUCCACUGACCUCCCAGAAGUGUUAGGGAACCUCCAGUACAACGUGAUGCGCAACACCAAAGACCACUGCAAGUACAUUCCUUUGGUCACUGAGCUCAUCUGGGGUCAGGAGGUGGAGCAGCGUUUCCCACAUGCCACACACUGUUUUGACUACAUCUUGGCAGCUGAUGUGGUGUACGCUCACCCUUUCUUGGAUGAGCUGAUUGACACUUUUGAUCAUCUGUGCCAGGAAAACACACAGAUCUUGUGGGCUAUGCGUUUUCGCCUGGAUCCAGAGAACAGCUUCGUGGAUCGCUUUCGGCAGCGUUUCCACAUAGAAGAACUAUACGACCUGCCCAGCCUCAGUAUCAAACUGUACCGUGCCUGGAGGAAGGACAAAAUGACUCACGGCUGCUCAGGAGAAACUGCUGCCUGAACUGAUAAACAGAGAUCUGUGUCAUGCAACUUAAAAUAUGGCGAGAGGUUUAAUGGGAUUUCCUGGGACCUUCUUAUACUAUAUGUUCUUAUACUGAUGUUUAACUCAGUGGCAUCUUACUCAAUAUGUCACGUUUCAGAAAUUGGAUGUUUUAUAUUUCUUUGUCAUAACAUCAGACAGUUUGCCAAUAAAUAACAUCAAUU